AUGGCCAGGGGUAUAACAGCAGUCCAGUCUCGCACGAAGCCCAAGGAUGUCAUAUCUGUCCCUGUAUUAACCUAUACCGAUGCUUUGCCACGGAAUGACCUUCGCAGUCUUCCUGGGGCCCCACAACGUCCAGGAGAGCCCACAGCGAAUGAACAGUGGGACUUCAGUCAACAACCUGCAGGAGAUGGUUGGAUUAGAAUGCCAACACCAGCCCAAACAGCUGCCCAGGGUGCAACUUUCGACUUUUGCGUGACUGCACCACCAGAUGAAGCUGUCCAACCUAGCACCCGACUAGACCGCUUUCCAACCGAGCAAGAUAUGAUUGGCAUUGCCCUGGGGAGUCCUGGCAUGUUGAACAAAGAUGGGUCUCUGCCACCGCCCAGGUUUGAUACCUUGGCUUUUUCCCCAGAAAAAGAUCUUCCUCAAAAGCCAAGCAAAUGGAAGAAGAUUGGCGGAUUGUUCAAGGCAAAGAACGCCUUCACAUCCCUCCCGGAAGCGCAAGAAAGCGAGGGCAAGCCACAUGGCAACGGUGAUGCACAAUCUGAGAAGUCCCGCAAAGCCAAAGAAAGAAACCAGUCGACAGAAGACGGUAACGACGCCAAGGAUACAAGGGAUCAAGGCCUUUUGCUGAGUGUCGACAUUCCGGAUGUUCAGAUGGAGCGAUAUAGCGUCAUGUUCGGCAAUGUUGUCAACAACAACGAGAGACCCUCACUGCUGACCAGAAGAGCUAAAACGCUGGACAAGCUUAGCGUGCCAGAUGCAAUUGGCUUUCUGAAAUCCCCCACACCACCCCCAAUGCCCCAGCGCCGAGCAACAUCACCGGGACGCUCAAGCUUCACCGUGUUUCCCACCUCACAGCCCUCGAAAGCGGCAGAGAUACUUGGUACACAGAACUUCUCCCGUGGACCGACUCCUCUGGUGAGGGCAAACACGCUUCCCAUCGAGAGUCCAUCAAAAAUGCUACCGCAACUACCCCAUCAUUUUGCACACGCGGACAGCGUCUCUUCGUUCGAAUCACCUGUCAUUCCGAAGAUAUUUUCUGAGAGUUCCAGUACCCCAAAGCCUUCUAGUAGCUAUGACAAGCCUCUUCCUGCCAUAAAGCCGGAGCAACAGCCUAUUCGAUUACAGCACAGUGUUCAACUGCAGGAGCCUGCUCCAUCUUCGCAGGACAUCCGGUUACAACACAGCGCCCAAUCACACGGCGUUACUGUAACAUUGUCAGAGCCACAGCCUACUCGAGCACAACAGAGCAUUCAGACGCAGAAGAUCACUGCAUCUCCCCAGCAGAUCCGGUUACACCAAAGCGCCCAACAACACAGCGUUGCAGUUACAAGGCAAGAACCACAGCUCGCUGAAUUACCGAAAGAUGUUCGAACACAAAAGGAAAAUCUGUCCCCGCAAAGGGUUUGGCCACAACAAAGCGUCCAACCACAAAAUGUUGCCAUAAUGGUGCCAGAACCACAACCUGAGCACAAUGUUCAACCACAAAAGACUACUCCAUCUCCCCAGCAGACCCGGCCAGAAGAGAGCGUCCAACCACAAAACGUUGCUGUGACAGUGUCACAGCCACAGCCUAGUCACGCACAACAGAGUGUUCAGACGCAGAAUGAUACUCCGUCCCCACAGAAGACAAGGCCACAACAAAAUGUUCAAUCACACCACAUUUCUUCAGCCACAGCAGAUCCUCAGUCUGCUCUCUUACAGAAGAGUAUUCGACAACAAACAGGCACUAUGCCUCCACAGAACAUGCGGCCACAGCAGAGCUCCCAACCUUAUCAGAAUGUUUCCACAAAGCAACCUAUUCCACGGCAGCCAGUUUUCCAACCGAGAAAGGAUUCUCUGCCGCACGCAGCAUCAGUGCAGCCGAGAAAGGAUUCUCUGCCACAAGCAGCAUCAGUGCAGCCGAGAAAGGAUUCUCUGCCACAAGCAACAUCAAAGCAGUCUCAGCGCCCUCCGUUACCACACAAUUACUUUCACCACCCACCUAAUAUGCCUAUGGAUCACCAUAAAACCAACCAUUCAGCUCGCCCACGCCUCAGAGUUCAAACCCAAGGCCGACCCCAACCACAAGUUAGAGAUCCAUUAUCAGGCGGCACACUUCUAAGCGCAUCAUCAAGAUCAAGCCCAGCCCGGGACCAGCUUGACCGGAUCGUGACCCCAUUAUCAGGCAACACACUUCUAAGUGCAUCAUCAAGAUCAAGCCCAGCCCGGGACAAGCUUGACCGAAUUGUGACCCCAGUAUCAGCCUCGUCAGGCCCCAGAUCUGGCGUAUCGCCAGCAGAAUCCACCCGCAUGCCAUUCGCCGAUGCGGUUGAACCCAUUGAUACCGCCGAAGAAGACCCCGAGCCCGAACCCCAAGUCGAACGUUCAAUCCCAAAGGUUGAGGUCUCCAUAGCUCGUUCUAUCUCUGUCUCGCGGGCAAAGCGACAGGUCAUCGUUCCCAUCGGAGCGAGGAUCGAUCACCUAGACCCAGACGAGCGGUUCGUGCAGAGAAGAGCUAUGACACCGCAGAUUACAGACGUGCACCGAGGGCAUCGGCCGGGUGUCUCUCAAGAGUUGCGGAUCGAGUGUCUGUGA